GUUGGUGCAGACAGCAGCGGUGGACCAUGGCAUACGCUUUGUGAUGCGAUAUGUUUCAGCUUCCCUGAUCAUUUUCCAAAAUGGGGACAUUCAGUCAUGUGGUUGUGGCUUUAUGUGCUCUGCAUCUGCUCAUCAACCCAACUGUGAACGCGAUCAGGAAGCCGUGGACAACUUCUCAGGCCAGGAGGGCCAGAGCUGCAAACGGUCCGGAUCCCAUCGACUGUAGAGUGGGGAGGUGGUCGUCUUGGGCACGGUGCGACUCCUGCACAGAUAAAACGUCACGUUUUCGACACUUGGAGAAACCCGCACAGUUUGGUGGGACAGCCUGUGUUGGGACGUUGUGGGACCGGCUGGCGUGUCCAACGGCGACCUCCCAGUGCAUGGUCAAGGAUUACUGCGGGGACAGUUUCACCUGCAGCGAAACAGGACGCUGCAUAAGCCAAUCCCUUCGCUGUAACGGAGAACAGGACUGCAACGAUUUCUCUGACGAAGACGAAUGCGAUCGCAUCAACCAGAGAGAGGACAAGUGUUCAACCUUGAUCCCAAUUCCUGGUGCUGAACGUGGCACGCAGGGCUACAACCUCCUAACUCAAGACUUUAUGGAUCAAGUGCUUGACCCUAAGUACUUUGGAGGAAAGUGUGAAUACGUCUACAAUGGAGAAUGGAGUAAACUAAUCUAUGAUGCAUUCUGUGAGAGCCUACAAUACAAUGAAGAUGAAAAGAACUACAGAAAGCCUUACAAUUACCAUACCUACAGUUUUGUGGCUGAAGCCACCUCCCAGGGCUCCGAUGAAUAUUUUGAAGACAUGCAAAGGCUACUGGAAGCGAGGCAGUCCAUGUCGUCCUCCAAUUGGGGCUUCUCUGUUGGGAUCGCUUAUGUGGAAAUCGGAGUGAACAAUAAUGCAGAAUCCGAGUUUCUCAAGAACCUCACAAAAUAUCAAAGCCAGGACUUCAGCUUCAUCAGGGUUUGGUCCAAAGUGCAAACUGCCCACUUCAAAAUGCGAAGCAACCAGCUGAUGCUUCACGAAGAUUUCUACAUCGCCCUCAUGGAGCUUCCUGAACAGUACGACUUUGGCGUUUACUCCCGCUUCCUGAACACCUUCGGUACCCACUACGUCACAGAGGGAACCAUGGGGGGAUCUCUGGAAUACGUCGCCGUCCUAAAUAAAACGGCUAUGGCCAAGUCAAAUAUUGAAGCAGAAAGAUUUCAGUCGUGCUUCGGAAUGUCUCUCGGCAUAAGUUACCCAGUCUCUGCAACCGAAGAUUUAAAUCUAAAGGUUAAUCUAAGAGACUGUGAAAAAAACAAGGACUAUUUUAGAGCAAACUCCUCUGAGUCGGCCGUGGUUGAGGACAUCAUCAAACUGGUCAAAGGGGGGAUCACAGAGACCAUCUCAGGACUGCUGGUCAUCAAGGACCAGGAAACGUACAGAAAGUGGGGGGCCUCUCUCAAAUACAACCCGGCUCUGAUUGACUUCGAGCUCUUGCCGAUCUUUGAGGCUGUGCGCCUCAGCACGGCGGCCGACCACGCAGGAGCCAGAGUGGAAAACCUGGAGAGGGCCAUAGAGGAGUAUCUGCGGGAGUUUGACCCUUGUCGGUGCGACCCCUGCAGGCACAACGGGACUCCUGUCCUCUCAGGCACCUCGUGCAGGUGCAUCUGCAGGCCGGGCUUCCGGGGCGUGGCCUGCGAGGAGACGCUCAGGAGAGAUGUAAGGACGGAUGGCUCGUGGUCCUGCUGGGGGGCGUGGUCUUCCUGCUCGUCAGGAACGAAAAGCAGGAUGAGAGCCUGCAACAAUCCUUCACCUGAAGGGGGCGGGGCACCCUGCCUGGGCUCAGCCAAUCAGAAUCGCCGAUGCUAAAAGGAAAAAUUUUUUCCCCCUCCCUCCACAUAGAAACGGGGUAACGAGUCAUCGUCAAUGAGUUGUAAAAACAAAUAAAUGAACUUUGGAGA